UCUAAAAAUUAGUUGAAUUUUUUAAUUUCAAAAACGAAACGUCAAAUGAAACGAAUGGAUAAAGAAAUCGAGAAAAUUGUGACAAAAGAAAAGGUUAACACUUCUGAAGACGGAGAAGAAGAUGAGGAGGAAGAAGAGGAAAGGGUUGCGUUCGAGGGAGCAUACGAUCCAUCGGAAUAUGAAUCCCUUCAGGUGUCGAGUGAAAUGAAGAAUCUCUUCAGUUAUAUAACCUGUUAUUCGCCACAAAUGAUUGAAUUGGAGACUAAACUCAUUCCCUUUAUCCCUGACUUUAUUCCUGCCGUCGGAGACAUCGAUGCCUUCAUUAAAGUUAAGAGACCCGAUAAUAAAGAAGACACAUUGGGUUUGACUGUUUUGGACGAACCGAAUGCCAAAUUACAAUCGGAUCCAACACUUCUUAGUCUUAAACUAAAGGCAAUUUCAAAGGACAUUAAAAUCAUAGAGGAGUCGGAAACUGCUGUCAAGACUGCGAACUCUAAUCGAGACAUAGACUCAUGGAUUGAUAAUAUAAGACAUUUGCACGAAACGACUGCAAGUUCUUCGACAUCUGUGACUCUACUCCAUAGCCAUAGACUUCCAGAUGUCGAGCAUCUGAUGCAAGAGUGGAGUGAAGAGUUUGAAAGUGCUCUCAAUGUUCACUCAUUACCAACACCUGACCUCGACUGUAGUCUCGAAGAAUACAUUACUAUUAUUUGUGGUGAGAAUAAUUGA